AUGGCGAUUCCUCGUAGUCGAAAACCACCACCGCCACCACCUCCACCGCCGCCACCACCACCACCAGCAACCCCACGGCCACGUCCACCGCCACCUCCUCCUUCUUCACCUUUUGGGCCAAAUCUUUCUCUUUCGGAUAUCAUUCUAAGAAGAAGAAGAAGAAGAAAUUAUCGACCACUACCAAUGUUGACCUGGUACUUUCUCACCCUCGUGAUGCGCAAAAAGCUCCAAACCCAAAACCAGAAACCUGAGGAGACACGGGAGGAAUGGGUGAUUUGGAUCAAAGAAAAGAUGGAGCAAGUACUUAGAGAUGAAGCCACAACUAGCUGGGACAAGCUUUGUAUCUAUAGAGUUCCACAUUACCUUCAAGAAAACGACAAGAAGUCCUACUUCCCUCAGAUCGUCUCGCUUGGCCCGUACCACCAUGGCCACGAACAUCUCUUACCCAUGGACCAUCACAAGUGGCGUGCGGUCAAUAUGGUCAUGGCACGCACCAAGCACAACAUCGAAAUGUACGUUGACGCAAUGAAAGAGCUCGAGGAGAAGGCUCGUGCUUGUUAUGAGGGCCCUAUUGAUUUGAGCAGUAACAAGUUCACACAAAUGUUGGUUCUUGAUGGUUGUUUUGUUCUCGAACUCUUUAGAGGAGCCAAUGAAGGAUUCUCCAAACUAGGAUAUGGUCGUAACGAUCCGGUCUUCGCUAUGAGAGGAUUGAUGCAUUCAAUUCAACGUGACAUGAUUAUGCUGGAAAACCAACUUCCUUUGUUCGUACUCAACCGUUUAUUAGAGGUACAACUCGGUACAGAUAACCAAACCGGUUUAGUAGCGACAUUAGCAAUUCGGUUCUUCAACCCGCUAAUGCCCACCGAUAAGCCAACAACCAAAACCGGCCAGGUAGAAACAGAGAACUCUUUGGAUUACGAUAAAUUCUUUAACCCAAUCGCUGACAAGGACACGGAAGAGUUGCAUUGUCUUGAUGUUUUUCGUCGAAGUUUGCUCCGGCCUAGUCUUAAACCGGAGCCGAGGCUGUCACGAAACAGAUGGUCUAGGAAAACUCGUGUGGCUGAUAAGCGCCAACAACAACUGAUACAUUGCGUGACAGAGCUAAGAGAGGCUGGUAUUAAAUUCAAGAGAAGAAAAACCGACCGGUUUUGGGAUAUUCGGUUCAAAAAUGGUUAUCUAGAGAUACCCAAGUUACUUAUCCAUGACGGUACCAAGUCUCUUUUCUCGAAUCUUAUAGCUUACGAGCAAUGCCAUAUCGACUCAAACAACGACAUAACGUCCUACAUUAUCUUCAUGGACAAUCUAAUAGAUUCUGCCGAAGAUGUAAGCUAUUUGCACUACUGUGGUAUCAUCGAGCAUUGGUUAGGAAAUGAUUCUGAAGUUGCGGAUUUGUUCAACCGGCUUUGCCAGGAAGUAGCUUUCGACCUCCAAGAUAGUUAUUUAUCUGAAUUAUCGCAUAAAGUUGACCGUAACUAUAGCCGAAAGUGGAAUUCUGUGAAGGCGAUCUUGAAACACAAGUAUUUCAACAAUCCUUGGGCAUACUUCUCUUUCUUUGCUGCACUUUUUCUACUAAUUCUCACAUUGUUUCAGAGUUUUUUUACUGCUUUUCCUUAUUUCAGACCACCUUAA